AUGGGAAAGGUCGUUGUGGAUGGAGGUAUACAGGGGGGGGCUGACUUGGGCAAAUCCCUGGUUGAGAGACUCUGGGGCCUACGAGUCCAGCCAGGAUCUAAGGAAGGCGACCUCUUCAUGGAAUACUACAAUGCCAAAAUAGCGAUCUUGGAUACAGGCAAAGUCUGCCCGACAAAUGGGAACGACAUUAUAGAUCUAGUCGCAGUGCUGAAGUCCAACAAAGACAAGCGUCUACGGGACCUCCAAUUACCAGUCAUAUCGGAUCAACAGAAGCAUGCGUGGCUAUCGAACCAGCCGGAGCAGAAUGUACAAGAUGCACUUAAGUUUGCUGCGUCAAUAUGGUUGAUGUUUGGGACGUCGGAUUGGUCGGAAGACGAAACGUUGCGGGAUUGCCUUUCUAGAAACCUUCCCUCAAGCGAUCUUGCCGCUUCAAACCCGAGACCAGCGGAUUUCCGAGUAACGGCCCGGAGUCUCAAUCAGAUCGCGGGCAUCGAGAUUGUGUGGAGCAGCGAAUUGAAAGAGCACCUGAGAUACGACCAGAGUCAGCGCAUGCUGACCCUUUUCCGACAUGCAUCAUUUCUCAAGGAACGCGGGCACAGUGGAUACCCAAAGGGUUUCAUGCAAGAGACUGCGGCGACUCUGGCUCUCCUCUUCCCGUACGGCGAGUCGCCACACAAGCGCUGGAACAGGCGUGUCCGUCGAAGAGCGGAGCCCGACGUCGAGAUUGGCCUCGUUGCAAGCGUUUCUCGAAACCCCCAAGACUAUCCGCACUGGGGUAGUCAUUUGGUUGCCAUUCAGCAGGCAUUCGAGACCUCAAAGCCUCGAACGCUCAAGCAGUGGGUGCAUGAUAAGAGGGAUAGUAAUCAGUUCUACACCUUCUGGUUCGCGGUGAUUGCGAUUGUACUGACGUUAAUGUUCGGUCUGAUUCAAUCGAUCACAGGAAUUCUUCAGGUCGUAAACAGUUGA